CCUCCAGAGUGACCCGAGCACACAAGCCAUUCCACACUUCACACUCAUGAGUAGGAUCCUCAGUACCAGGCAAAUUCUUCACCUCAUCUCCUCACGAGCCUCUCCCCUCCACUGAGCUCGCUGUUGUUCUCCUUUCCACCGGUGAAAUCUGGGGAAGAAAUGGCGGAGAACGGAGCAAAUCAGCCCCUGUUACAGGACGGCGACCCUCCUAACGCCGGCGAAACGAGGCCGACUCAGGGAGCUGGAGCGAAGAGGUUCCGGCGCUGCAGGACGGCGCCCUCCGCCGAUGCGGCGCAAGAUUCUCCACCAGGAAACAAGAACCCGAGCCAUCAGGAGCGCGGCAGCGCCGGCUCGCAGCCGUUCGCGCCGCCCAAGGAGCUGCUGCUUGGCGCGCGCCCGAGCUUCCGGCUCGUCGGCGUCCUCCUGCUGGUCUACCUCCUCGCCGGGACCAUAGCGUUCUACCUCACCAUGGACCACAUGUCCGGCGGCCGCACCAGGAGCCGCGUGGUGGACGCGCUCUACUUCUGUGUGGUCACCAUGACCACCGUCGGGUACGGUGACCUAGUCCCGGCCAGCGACGCCGCCAAGCUGCUGGCUUGCGCCUUCGUCUUCGCCGGCGUGGCACUCGUCGGUACCUUCCUAAGCAAGGCCGCCGACUACCUCGUCGAGAAGCAGGAGGCGCUCCUCUUCCGCGCGCUCCACCUCCGCCGCGCCGGCGACCGCAGGGCGCUGCGGGACAUGGAGGCCAACAAGGUCCGGUACAAGCUCUACACCUCGGCCGCGAUUCUGGCCGCGGCGCUCGCCUCCGGAACGGCGUUCCUGGUGGAGGUGGAGGGGAUGCGCCCCGUGGACGCCUUCUACUGCGUGUGCGCGACGGUGACGACACUCGGGUACGGCGACCGGAGCUUCUCGUCCGUGCCGGGGCGCGCGUUCGCGGCGGCGUGGAUCACGGUGAGCACGGUGGUGGUGGCGCUCUUCUUCCUGUACGCGGCGGAGCUGGGCGCGGAACGGCGCCAGCGGGAGCUGGCGCGGUGGGUGCUCAAGCGGCGGACCACCUCCACUGACCUCGAGGCGGCGGACAUGGACGGCGACCACCGGGUCGGGGCCGCGGACUUCGUGCUGUACAAGCUCAAGGAGCUGGGGAAGAUCAGCCAGGAGGAGAUCGCCGAGUUCCUGGAGGAGUUCGACCAGCUUGACGCCGAUAACUCCGGUACCCUCUCGCCGCACGACCUCAUCGUGGCGCAGCGCGGUUAGCUCGGCAAUCCCCGGCAGCCAGCAAAGCCCGUGGAGUCGGCGUCGAGAGCAUUCUCGAAAAAGCAGGGAAGAGCAACGUGCCACACGCCUAGAAUUCUUUCUGUUUUAAUGCCAUGUGUGCUCUUUUCCAGUUGUACCUUUUGUUUGCCUCUGUGUAGGUACCCCUGUAGUAUAGGUUCAUUUUUCAACUGUAAUGUAUAAGAGUAAAAUAUGUGAGAUUUACAUAAGCA